AUGUCAAGAAGCUGCAAGAACUGUCUGGCUCAAAGUUUGUCAAGCCAAAGCUUCAAGGGAAAAGAUCACAUCAGAAGCGAUGAGAAGUCUUGCAGCUGCCACAGCAAGUUUGGAGAGUGGUUUCCAAAAGGCAGGAGCGCAGUUUUAACCCCCGAGACAGUUCUGGUUGAAGAGUCCAUAGAAAUCUGUGAAUGUGUGACAGAUGCUGAGGCUGGGGGCCAGGAGGAGACCAGCGAGCAGGUCACCACGUUUGAGCCUUGUGAGAGCAGUGGCGGUGCUUUCAGGGAGCAUGCUGAACACAACGACGCACUUGCUAGCAUGUUCCUUGAGCUUCUGGCAGAUGAAAACAUCCCAGACAAUAAAGACCCACACAUCAUGAUGGGUGAGAGUAAAACCUUUGAGAAACAUGGGUCAGAAAAUCCACCACAGCAAAAUCCCAAAGAAAGCGCAGCCUGGAGUGAGCAGCCGUGUGAUGUUUCUCAUACAGUCUCCCUUCUCUCCGAAGCCUCUCAGGAUGACUACAACUGUAGUACGGCCAGCAGGAAGUCACAGGAGUCGGAAGAAUCCUUUGAAUCUGGCUAUCGGAGCUCCAGCAUAAAUUCUGCUUCUCUGGAUGCAAGAGAUCUUCAACAUACGGUUUGUCAAAGCCUUUUUCCAUCCAGUUCUGAAAGUCAGCACGACUCAUGUGUCCUGAUCCAGCAAUCUCCAAAUAAACCAUCCUUUGGGACCAAAAAAGACAGAAUAAGUGACCUUGCGUACAAGAGUGUUGAUAGCCCUGUGUCUCCAUCCCUGGGGCUGUGUAACUCUGCCUACAAGAGCUUUGACACCCUCAUGUCUCUGUCUGCGGAGCCCCGUGCCUCGGCCUACAAGAGCUUUGACACCCUCCUGUCUCCGUCCGCGGAGCCCUGUGCCUCGGCCUACAAGAGCUUUGACACCCUCGUGUCUGAGUCUGUGGCUAACAGCAGCCUGACUCUUGAUGACACGUGCUCCUCACCACCCUUGCCGCAGUUUUCAGAGACACCAGAACUCAGCUGCAGAGACCAAAUUUAUCGACCCCCUGGCAAUCAGACAAGUUACACCAACCACACAUCUCCCUGCACUGAGCUUGAUUUUCCAAACCCUUGUUCAGAACAUACUGAUUUUCCAUCUUUCUUCACGCAUGCAAAUGCCAGUGCUUCAGCCUCCCACCCGGAGGAAGAAAUCCCUAAGCAAGUGACAUAUCAGAACAUUCAAAAGAAAGAAAACAGGAUUUCUUGCCCCACUGAACCUCAGCCAUCUGGUUAUCGACCUUUUGAUGAUGCAGUUAAACAUCAUGAUAGGUGUUAUGACAGUGACAGGGAGGUUCCCUCUCGGUCACUACAGGAACCCAGCAUUCAUCUUUCCUACAGCAAUUUGAGAGAAACCCCCCUGGGUACCGCAGUCUGUGAACCUGAGCAGGGGGCAGGCGACCACGUGUGUUUAACUGUACAGGAUUUGGAGUGCGGCACUGUCCCAGGUUUCGCCUCUGGUGAGAAGGUCACGCAGCCCAGCGACGGCAGCCUCUGGGUCAGCUCUGGUGAGCUGUCUGGAGACAGCAGAGGUGGAAAUGCCAGCAGAGCCCAUCAGCUGUUGCGUCUUUUGGAGCUGAACAGCCAAGAGUUUAACAGCAGAGAGAGGACUGUAAAGGGGACAGAACCUGGCAGCUGGGACUGCCCUGCUGAAGGAGGGCAAGGGAGCGGCAGGAACAGCGUAAAUACUGCCCUUCACGGCCGCGCUCACGACUGCCCGGGGAACCUUGGAGACGCCGGGGAGAAUGAAGAGGAGGUGAAGCGUGUGGCGAGCAGGAGGCGCGGCUCAGCAGCCAGCUUUCCAGAGCCACCGCUGGCCAGCUUUGGGCUACACUGGGAAAGGAAAGCUGCGGAGCUCCUGGCCUCCGAGAAGUUACCCCCUCCUCUUUCUGCGGCUAACCCCUGCCCGGACUCUCAAGCCAUUCACAGUGAGGGUUCCAGGCCGGAACAAAGACCCUUAGAACUGUUGAGGGAAAACCACAGAAAGAAUGAGAAAAAACUGAAACUCCUGCAAGCCCUUGCCCAGGAGGACAACAGCUACAUGCAGGUGGCCUAG